AUGGCCGCCGACAAAACGCAGAAGGCCGAGACCUCGAUUCCGCCGUACAUGAAGGCGCUUUCCGGAUCCCUAGGCGGCAUAGUCGAGGCCAGCUGCCUUCAGCCCAUCGACGUCAUCAAGACGCGGCUCCAGCUCGACCGCACGGGCUCGUACAGAGGUAUAAUCCACUGCGGCACCACCAUCUACAGGAGCGAGGGCGUGCGGGCGCUGUGGAAAGGUCUGACGCCCUUCGCGACGCAUCUGACGCUCAAAUACGCGCUACGGAUGGGUUCCAAUGCGGUCCUGCAGUCCGCUUUCAAGGACUCGCAGACGGGAAAACUGAGUCAGCACGGCCGGAUUUUGUCUGGUUUUGGUGCGGGUGUGCUUGAAGCUCUUGUCAUUGUCACCCCAUUUGAGGUGACUCAGCUGGUUUUACCUUAG